UUUUUCUUUUUCACGUCAGCACCGGUCAACUCUUUCCGCCUGCUCUUUCAUUCCCUCUGAUCUGUUUUCGCGGAGAACUCCUUGAAACCCCGUCGGGAUCCUCAUCCGCCGGUCACCCCCUCUGGCCAAAGCCACCACACAUCGAAAGCUAUCCUCGUCCCCUUUCCAUUGGUCUAAAAAUAAACAAACGGUGAACCUCUGAACAGCUAUAGGAAAAAAAAAAUCUAAUGACCCUUCUCUAUGUUAUAUCAUCAAAUUUCAGUUCUCUACGUUUAAUUUCUAAACCUCUCUUAAACCCUUAUCUUCUUUCUUCCUCUUCUUACUCACUUUACACUCGUUCGCUUCCUCCUCUCAAAGUAAAAAGGUCCCCCACCAACUGUAAGAAGGCACAAGCAUUGUUUCUCCGUAACCCACUCCUCUCAAUACUAGAGGAAUGCAAAUGCUUGCCCCAGCUGAAGGAAAUCCAAGCCCAAAUGACCAUCAAAGGCUUAAUGUCAGAUUGGUUCUUUUACAGCCGCCUUAUAGCCUUUUGCGCCUUGUCAGAACACAAAAAUCUUGAUCAUUCCUUUAAAAUUUUGUACAAUUUGCAAAACCCAAAUGCUUUUUCAUGGAACGUUACAAUUAGAGGCUGUGCAGAGAGUGAGAACCCCAUAGAAGCCAUUUUUGUUUAUAAGCGAAUGCUUAGAAAUAAUGGGUGUAUCAGGCCGGAUAAUUAUACUUACCCUUCUUUGCUGAAAGUAUGCGCCUUUUUAAUGUUGAAAUAUUUGGGUUUUGAAAUCCUUGGUCAUGUUUUGAAAUUGGGUUUUGAUGCAGAUAUGUACGUUCACAAUGGGGUGAUUCACUUUUUGGUUUCAUCCGGAGAAUUAGAGUUGGCAGGUAAGGUGUUUGAUGAAAGUUGUGUGAGAGAUUUGGUUUCUUGGAAUUCUUUGAUUAAUGGCUAUGUUAGGAGUGGGGGAGCGAAGGAAGCUAUAGGACUUUAUAGAAAAAUGCAAGAAGAGGGAGUUGAGCCGGAUGAGGUGACAAUGAUUGGGAUAGUUUCUUCUUGUGCACAGUUGGAAGACUUGAAACUCGGGAGAGAUUUUCAUAAGUAUAUUGAAGAUCAUGGAUUGAAUUUAACGAUUCCAUUGUCUAAUGCACUCAUGGACAUGUACGUUAAGUGUGGGAAUCUUGAGAGCGCACAAAGGAUAUUUGAUGACAUGGAGAAGAAAACAAUUGUUUCUUGUACUACAAUGAUAGUUGGAUAUACUAGAUUGGGGCUCUUGGAUGCUGCUCGGAAGCUUUUUGAUGAGAUGCCUGAGAAGGAUGUUGUACCAUGGAAUGCAAUAAUCGGGGGUUAUGUUCAAGCCAAAUGUAGUAAGGAAGCUUUGACUUUGUUUCAUGAAAUGCAGGAUGCUGGUAUAGAUCCUGAUGAGGUCACCAUGGUUUCUUGUUUAUCUGCAUGCUCUCAACUUGGAGCCCUUGAUGUUGGAAUUUGGAUUCAUCAUUAUAUUGAAAAGCACAAACUUCAUUUAAAUGUUGUGUUGGGGACUGCUCUAAUUGACAUGUAUGCUAAGUGUGGGAACAUCACAAAGGCUCUUCAGGUUUUCCAUGAAAUGCCAUCUAGAAAUUCUUUGACUUGGACAUCAAUAAUCGGAGCUUUGGCUCUUCAUGGAAAUGCACAUGAUGCCCUAUCUUAUUUCUCGGAGAUGGUUGAAGUUGGGUUGAGGCCAGAUGAGGUGACCUUUCUUGGGGUUUUAUCAGCUUGUUCUCAUGGUGGGUUGGUGGAGGAAGGUCGUAAAUAUUUCACCCAGAUGACGUCCAAGUUCAGUCUGUCCCCUCAGCUUAAGCACUAUUCGUGUAUGGUGGACCUUCUUGGUAGGGCUGGGCUUUUAGAUGAAGCUGAAGAGCUUGUCAAGAGCAUGGCAGUUGAGCCUGAUGCAGUCGUGUGGGGAGCACUGUUCUUUGCCUGUCGAAUGCAUGGAAAUUUUGUGAUGGGAGAAAGAGCUGCUUUAAAACUUCUAGAACUGGACCCUCAUGAUAGUGGGAUUUAUGUACUGCUUGCCAAUAUGUAUGGGGAUGCAAAUAUGUGGGAGGAAGCAGGAAAAGUUAGGAAGAUGAUGAGAGAGAGAGGAGUAGAGAAGACCCCUGGUUGUAGCUCAAUUGAGGUCAACGGCACUGUUUAUGAGUUCAUUGUUAGAGAUAAGUCUCACCCUGAAUCUGAAAAGAUAUACGGUAGCUUAAUUCAGCUAACACGACAAUCGGGUUUUGCUGAAUUUACAUACGGUCUCUCUGAGCUUGAAACCCAUGGGGUAUGAUGGUCAGAGCAGCUUUUUCUUGUCUUCAAGACGGUUCCAUCUAUUCAAUCUUUCCAAUAAUUUGUUCAAAUUGGGAUGAAGCAUAAUCUAUCUAAAUUGCAGGGGAUGAAACCUGAUCAGAUAAUCUUUCUAAAUUGAAGUUUUGGUGUAUAAACUCUUGCAGGCUUCGAACCUUACCUAGAUAGGCCUUCAGGAUAUUUCCUGUGGUGCCCAUAGAAGUUUGGUAUCUGUUGGGUGCUGCAAUUUUUUUUCCAGCAUUGGUCUUGAACUGUGCAAAAGACAUUAAUAGAGUCUGCAAUCUGCAUGCUGUAAUGGGGGAAGAGGCAAUCGGUCGACUAAAGACAUUAAUAGAGUCUGCAAUCUGCAUGCUGUAAUGGGGAAGAGGCAAUCGGUCGACUACUGAAGCAGUUGCUGUAGCAUUAUUGUUGUUGGCAAUUUCCAUUAAAAUUUGUCAACAGAUUUAUCACAUCAUAUGAGAGCAGCAGGGGCGGAGCCAGAAAAAAAUUCGGGAGGGGAAUAAAGUUGUACUUUUUUUUUUUGACAGAAAAAGUACUUCACUAACUACAUAAUCUAAAUCAUCCCCCCAACGGGGAGGCUUCAAACAAGCGUAAUCGUUUGUUCUAUGAUGAGCUAAUUUGACCAGGCUAUUAGCAUUCUGGUUAUCCUAUGUAGAGAUGUGUUGAAUCUGCCAGUGUUCAAUCAUCUGUGAUAGCAGUUGAUAAAUUCUCUUGAUCAGAGUAGACUUAGAACCAUUUGGAGGCCUCUCUUGAAUAACUUUAACUGUCUUAAGAUUAUCAGUUUGAAUUAA